CUUCUCAGCUGUGGUGGCCACUUCUGAAGCUGGGGCAAUCCAGGGACAUGCCAGCAGCCAGGAUGUCCAUGCAGCGCAUCUGCCACCUGAAACCUGAGGCCCUGAGCAUGCCACCUGGGGCCUCAGAGUCCCCAAGCUGCCAGCGGCGACACACACUCCCGGCGAGCGAGUUCCGCUGCCUCACGCUGGAGGACGCAGUCAGUGUGUUUGAGAUUGAGCGCCAAGCCUUUAUCUCUGUCUCGGGCAUCUGCCCCCUGUACCUGGAAGAGAUCCGGCACUUCCUGACCCUGUGUCCAGAGCUGUCCCUCGGCUGGUUUGAAGAGGGCCGCCUUGUGGCCUUCAUCAUCGGCUCACUUUGGGAYGAGGAGAGACUCACUCAGGAGUCRCUGAGGCUGCACAGGCCUGGGGGGCGUGUAGCCCACCUGCACGUGCUGGCCGUGCACCACACCUUCCGGCAGCAGGGCAAGGGCUCCAUCCUGCUGUGGCGCUACCUGCACCACCUGGGCGGUCAACGGGCAGUGCGCAGGGCCGUGCUCAUGUGCGAGGAGGCCCUGGUGCCCUUCUACGAGAAGUUUGGCUUCCGGGCCGUGGGCCCGUGCGCCAUCACGGUGGGCUCCCUCACCUUCACGGAGCUGCAGUGCUCCCUGCGGGGCCAGGCCUUCCUGCGCAGGAACAGCGGCUACUGAGUGGGCUGCCCGCCUGGCUGC